CAUCAGCUGCAGCAACUACGACAAAAUCAUCAUCAAUGACAAAUUCAUCUGCUUAUUUUUUUCAUCAUCACCAUCAUUAUCAUUAUCAUCAUCAUGUUAAUCCACAAUCUGUACAAUCACAAUCACUAACAUCUCGUUUGAAUAAUGUUAUGAUUGAAGAUGAUAUAUCAAUAAUUAAUAAUAACAAUAUUAUCAAUAAUGGUAAUUUAAAUAAUCGUAAUCAAUCGUGUUCAUCUUGUUUGAAUACGACAACAGCUAAUGUUGCUGAUGAUGAUGAACAAUCAAUUUUGCGAGAUGAAAAUGAAUUUUCAUUUCAAGAAGAUGGUAAAAUGGUAUCAAUAUUGGAUCUCUAUAAACAUCAGGAACAAACAAUGUCAAGAGUAAAUUUUGUUAAAGGUGAUGAUUUAAUACGAUAUCCAUCAUCGAUAUCGAAUGGUUAUCAACAGCCACCUAAUAAUAGUAGUCAUAUGAUAGCCAGAAAUUAUGUUCAUCGAAACAUGAAUUCUCAUCAUCAACAACAACAGAAUUUAAAUUCAUUUGAAGAAUCUCAUUAUCAAACUGUGAUAUCUAAUUGUACAACAACUGAAACAACAAUGUUCAAUCAACAACAACAACAACCAUUAUCAUCAUUAAUAAUGUCCACAUCACCAUCAUCAACAUCUUCGUCGUCGUCGUCGUCGUCAGUGAUGAAAAAUUUUGAUCCUGAACAAUUAGCAUUAGUUGAUUCAAUUCUUGAAGAAUCUAAUACAUCUUGUUCAGAAGAUAUAGAAAAUCAUCUUGAAUCAUCUUUUAUUGAAUCUGGUUCAUCAUCGUCUUCGUGUUCAUUAUCAACAGAUCUAACAGCAUCAUCAUCUUAUUGUUCAUCUUCAUUUUUUAAUCAAGAAUCCGAUAUUGUUGAUUGUUUGACAGGAAAUGACAAUAUAAAAAAAAUUGGAAACGGUGAUGUUGAUAGAAAUGUUUUGAAUGAUAAUAGUCAACAUCUUACACUUCAAUCUCGAUGUUCUGAUUCUGCAUCUACUAUUUCAUCAACAUCAUCAUCUUCAUCAAAUUCUCAUGAUCAUAACACAAUGAUGGCAAACAUUAAUAUUGAUCAUCAAUCUAAACGUUUAUCUGUACCGCGAAUGUUAAAGCCAAGAAAACGUCGACGAAAAACAAAUGCAAUGAUGGCUGCUACUGCUGAAUCUUUUGUCGCCAAACAAUCGUCGACUAUAACAAAUUCGUCAUCGAUGUUAUUUGAUUUAGAUGAUUAUCACAAUCAAUAUUGCUCAUAUAAGACUGAUGUUGACAAACAAAACGUACCUGAUAUGCAACCACCAACUCGUCCAUGGUUAACAAUGGCCGAACCGACACCGAUACAUCAUGUAUCGAAUGUUUUUACCGUAAUGUGUUAUAAUGUUCUUUGCGAUAAAUUAGCAUCAAGACAAUUAUAUUCAUAUUGUCCUUCAUGGGCAUUAUCAUGGGAUUUUCGUAAAAAUGUUAUUAUGAAAGAAAUAAAACAAUAUGAUGCCGAUAUUAUAUGCUUACAAGAAGUAGAAUCUGGACAAUUUGAAUCAUUUUUUCUGCCUGAACUAAAAAUAUCACAUUAUUAUGGAAUAUUUUCGCCGAAAAGUCGUGCCAAAACGAUGAACGAACAGGAACGCAAACGUGUGGAUGGUUGUGCCAUUUUUUUCAAGACAGAAAAAUUCGAACUGGUCAAUGAACAUUUAAUGGAAUUCACAUUUUUAGCCGCGCAGACAGCUGAUGGCGAAGGAUCCGAAGAGAUGCUUAAUCGGGUGAUGCCAAAAGAUAAUAUUGGUUUAGUAGCCUUGUUAAAAACCAGAAAAGUGGAAAUCGAUGUGUCCGAAAAAUCAUCCGAAUUUGAAAAUAUGCAACCAUUCGAAAGUCAACCAUUGGUCGUUUGUACAGCUCAUAUCCAUUGGGAUCCUGAAUAUUGUGAUGUUAAAUUAAUUCAAACAAUGUUGAUGAUGCGUGAAUUGCAAAAAUUUAUUGAUCAAUCGGCUACCAUGUUUAAUUUGAGCACCAAUACUGAAAAACAAGUGGAUCCAAAUUCGAUACCAUUGAUUAUAUGUGGAGAUUUUAAUUCAUUACCGGAUUCUGGUGUUGUUGAAUAUCUAUCACGUGGUCGAAUUUCUGUCGAGCAUCCAGAUUUUAAAAAAUUAGCCUACAAACUAUGCCUACGGAAAGUUUGUCCAGUAGUUGAUCAAAAUGAAAAAGAAUACACACAUCCAUUCGAUAUUGUCAAAGCAUAUGCUGAUGGUGUUUUACCAUUCACAAACUAUACAUUCGAUUUUCGUGGUGUCAUCGACUACAUAUUUUGUUCACAGAGACUUUUCUCAGUCCUAGGUGUUCUUGGUCCAUUAGAUACUAAAUGGUUUAGUAAACAUCGUAUACCUGGAUGUCCACAUCAUUAUAUACCAUCAGAUCAUUUUCCUAUUGUAGCCGAAUUGGAAUUGUUGACUAAAAAAUCUAUGGCAGAAUUAGAGAAACAAAAACAGCAACAAGAAAAAAAUAAUUUGGAAAAUAAAUCCGGUAAUAAAAAUAAUAAUAGUGGUAACAAUUCAAAUGGUCAUGUUAGACGAUAGAAACAAAAUCAAUCAACAACAACAAUUAAAUCAUUAUUGUUAAACACCUGAAUAUUAUUCGAGCAAUCAAUUAAUCUGGAACGAUCUCUUCUCUAUCUUUAAGUUACAUUUUCUCGAAUUUCAUUUUUGAUCAAUAAUUUUUUUUUCAUUUUUUUUUAAAUUGAAAUCAUUUUUGUAUGUUUCACAUCUAUCCAUGGGAUUCAAUCA